GAUUCAUAUGCGCGGCGGAGGGGCGGAGGGACAGCGAGAUGGAGGAGAAGAGCAGAGUACUGAUAAUUGGAGCGACGGGGAAAUUAGGUCACCAUUUAGCCAAAUUCAGCCUCCGAUCCGGCCACCCCACGUUCGCUCUCAUCAGAGAUUCCUCCCUCACUAACCCCGAGAGAGCAGAAAAGCUCCGAUUCCUCUCCGAUGCCGGCGCCACUCUCCUCAAGGGUUCCCUUGAAGACGAAGAGAGUUUGACAGAAGCAGUGAAGCAAGUCGAUGUCGUCAUCUGCGCUAUCCCAUCGAAACAGGUUCUUGAUCAGAAACUACUCAUUAGGGUUAUCAAACAAGCUGGAAACAUCAAGAGAUUUAUACCAUCAGAAUUUGGGGCUGAUCCAGAUAAAGUUCAGAUAGCUGAUAUGGAUUACAAGUUCUAUUCUCGAAGAGCUGAGAUUCGACGUCUUAUAGAAGCAGAAGGCAUUCCUUAUACUUAUAUUUGCUGCAACUUGUUUAUGAGUUAUUUACUUCCAUGGCUAGCUCAACCAGGCUUGAAGACUCCUCCAAGGGACAAGGUCACCAUAUUUGGAGAUGGGAAUGCUAAAGCUGUCUUUGUGAAGGAGAAUGAUGUUGCUGCGUUCACCAUUGCUACAGUGGAUGACCCCCGGACCCUGAAUAAGGCUCUGUAUCUGAGACCAUCAGGAAAUGUUCACUCCAUGAAUGAGCUGGUGGAGAUUUGGGAGGGUAAGAUUGGCAAGAAGCUUGAGAGAUUUUAUGCAUCAGAAGAAGAGCUUCUUAAGAAAAUCAAAGGUAUGUAUUCUGUAUUCGUUUUCAUAAAGCUUGUGACAGAAACUUAUGGUAUAUCAGUAUAUGGUCAAGUUAAUGGAGGGCAUUCAGGAACAUACUUGCAAAAUUCAGUUGCUUGUUGUGUCAUUUGGUUAGAAGAAAAGUAGCAAAAAUUGAUUUGAAUUUGGAGGAGGUAUAUAACUCAUUUCAUUUUCUGUCAACUUGCUGAUGACAUUCUGUUAGAGAGGAUAGUGCAUAAUCCGGUCCCAUGUAGUACUUGUAAAUUUUGUAAAAUUCACCUUGUUACCUGCCAUGUUUUCCGUUUACUUAAUUCACUUGUGCUUAUUUCUGGCCCAGGAAGCAUGGUAUGUAUUUUCUUAUCCUUUGUUGAUCUAUAUUAUGACUCUUGAUUCAAAUUCAUUUUGUGGUCUUAAACCGCGUGUAUCAUCAAAUUGCAUUCACAGAGACUCCGCACCCAGACAACAUGGAGAUGAUCUUUUUAUAUUCUGUCUUCGUCAAGGGGGAUCAUACCUAUUUUGAUAUCGACUCUUCUGGAGGAGUUGAUGGGACACAACUCUACCCACAUCUGAAGUAUACCACAAUCAGUGAGCAUUUAGAUACCUUGUUGUAAGAACUAAUCUUCUCCAGGCCUCAGUUUCAUUGCAUCUAUUCUUGUAUAAUGUCAGGAAAAAAAAAAGGCAUUAAAUUCUGAGAUACUAUUCCUAAAUUUUAAACAUUUUGGUGAUUGAAUGGCAGUUUCUUCCCUUGAGUUGUUCUGCAAGGUAAAUGUUUAUCAA